UAUUUUGCACCGUUGAGACAAAAGUGAAAGUAUCAUCUUAAGUCAGAGGUUUCUGGUCACCGCCCUGGAGUCUCAUUCUUUCCGAGCGGCGCAGCAGAAAGACGCAGACCAACUUAGGCACAAAACCCCCACAGACAGCAGAGAAAUGGGAAAGAUCUACCAGGUAGUUGUGUACGGGCUGAGGGGGGAGAAGAUGGUGGUCGACCUGUGCAACACGGAUGAGCAGUUUAAGAAAAUGACGGUGCUGCAGCUGAAGGAAAAGAUCGCAGAGAGACUUCCUGGGACCGCUGGAUUGGAGACUCUGCGGCUGAUCUUCGCGGACAAGAUGCUGGAUGGAAACGAGCUGCUGCUUUCUGAUUUUGGCAUCCAGCAACAGUCCAUCAUCCAAAUGGUGAUGAGGGUUCCUGGAGGACUGAUCGCUUGACCGGGACCAACUCCCCCUGCUGCUGUUUGCACAUAUUACAAGAAUUUCUGUUUUAUUAAAAUGCUUAUUUGACUAUUGCCAUGUUUAUAAAAGCCAACUGCUGCUUUUCCACAAAAUAAAAAAAGGUUCAGUCUUAA